AACGGCGAGCGAACGGGAAAAUGUUUCAGCUUCUGAUGAUGGCCGAGCCCACGUCCCAGGCACAGGAGGUCAUCACCUGUGACCUUUGUGUCAAGCCUACCCAGCAGUUCUGUAACAGCUGUCAACUCAGUUUGUGUGUGGACUGUGUUAGUAAACACGUGGACAAGCUCAAGUACCAACCACAUGACAUCGUUCAUUUCAAAGAUAGAAAGGUGGCUUUUCCGGAGUGUGAAUUUCACUCCAACCAGAGAUGUGAGGCCCACUGCCAGCAAUGUGAUGUUCCAGUUUGCCUGAAAUGCAUGCGUGGUCCCCAUAAUGGACACAAAAUUGAAGAUAUUCCGGAAAUUUUUAGUGACAAGAAAAAGGAACUUGAAAAGGAAACCAAAGAAAUUGAAUCCACCAUUAUUCCACAGUACAAGAAGAAAAAUGAAGAAAUAGAAAGCAAAAUAUCCAUUACAAUGGCCAAAUUUGAUGAACUCAAAAAAGAAGAAGAAAUGCAUAGAAAAUUCUGGCACCAAGAAGUAGACACCAUUUUCAAUAAGUUCGGUUCAUUGUUGAAGUCCAUGAAAGAGAAUAUUUUGGCUGCUCUAAACUCUCACCAAUCCAAAAUAAAAAAUCAAAUACCAGAUAUGACCCAAACAGUUCAACAAAACAAAGAAAUUCUGAAGUCAAACAGAGUGUCUGCAGUCACUAACUACAAAUCCAAACUCGAGGAAUACAAAAGCAUGCCUACUGAUAUUGAUGUCAAACUGCCAUCACUCAAAUCCAACACAGUCCAAGGGAGAGAACUCAGCCUGGAAUUAGAAGAAUACAAGGCUAGCCUGACACAGACAACACUGUCCAGUCUAGCAGAGGAAGUCUCCUAUUUAUCUUUACAAAAGCUGUUAGAGCAAGCCAAAUCAAUUACAACCAUUCCUACUGGAGUUAAUCCUCUAUACCAUGUUGCCUGUGUGGGAGUGGAUGAAGCCUGGGUUAGUGGUAAAGAUAAAACCAUAAGACGUGUUGACAUACACAGGUCUGUACGGGACACUGUCACCACCACAUGUAAAACCUGGCCUAAUGACAUCACAGUGACCAGACAGGGAGAACUGGUAUACAGUGAUGUCCCCAAUAGUACUGUGAACAUUGUCAGACACGGGAGAACAGAGACACUGAUAACCACACCACAGGGCUGGCAUCCAGACAGACUAUGCUGUACUAAGUCAGGGGACAUCCUGGUCAGUAUGUUUACUACUGAUGAUAGCCAAUAUAAAAUUGUCCGUUAUCAGGGACACACAGAGAAACAGGAAAUAGAGAGAGAUGAAGAUGGAGAACCAAUCUAUAAAAGAGGGAAAUACCCACUGUAUGUGGUGGAGAACAACAAUGGAGACAUCGUGGCCUCUGAUAACAAUGCUAAGGCCGUGGUCGUGGUGGACAAGUCAGGAAGAGUCCGAUUCCGAUACGACGGUACACCAGCUAGGAGGAAGAAGUCAUUUUAUCCUAGACAUAUAGUGACAGACUCCAUGAGUCAGAUCAUUGUGGCAGAUAUCAACAAUGACUGUCUACACAUCCUGGAUCAGAACGGACAGUUCCUGAGAUGUGUGGACAAUUGUGGACUAGAUAAACCUGUAGGACUGAGUGUGGACAGUGAGGGGAGGUUGUGGGUAGGGUUAUUUCAAUCAGGAGAAGUGAAAGUGAUUCAGUACAUGAAAUAAACACAUGAUAUCACAUACAAACAUCAGAUAAUGACAGAGUUCACACAGUGCUCUUGAUACAUACAUGUUUUAGUGAUAUUUACGCAACCACCAUUUCAUUUUACAACAUGGUUUCAUUAUUGUGUUUAGAUUGAUACACUUUUAUUAAAACAAUAUUGAUCUGUC